AGGUAUACAAUUUUUUUUUUCAAUAGCCUUUUAUUAGUAAUAAAUGGCUAUUGAAAAAAAAAAGUUGUUAGUAAUAGUAUUACUAACACUAUUGUUGUUAGUAAUAAUAUUACUAACACUAUUGAUGAUUUCACACACCAAAAUUAGUUUCAAGGCUAAAUUCUGUUAAAUCUAAUUUAAAAUGCUGAAAUAAAAAUUAUGACACUUUUUUAUGGUGAUUCAGAAUAAAAUGCAAAAUAAUGAUAACAAACAAAAACAGCAUUUUCUCAAUUUUUUUCUGUACCCAUAAUUUACCAUAUAACCACCAACCAGCAUUAUUUAUGAUAUAUAAAAAUUAUAUAUAUCUAUAAUUUUUUAUUGAUCAAAGGCAAUUUAUUAGUUAGUUAAUUGUGAUUGAUUGCUGACCCAAUUAAAUAGUAAUUAGAUAUUAAUAAUGAUUAAAUUACAAUUAAAGUAGUGUUAUGAUCGUUGAAUUUAAUUUAGUGCAUCAUGGGACCUAAAAAGAAAACAAAUCUAUUUUAUGGUAAAGCUAAAUCUUAUUUAGUUUGUAAUUUUCCAAUACCAGCUCAUUUAAAUAUGGGCUGUAGAAAUGGACAUGUACUGCAUAUAUUGGCAACUAACAAUGAUUCAUACCAAGUAACUGUAGAACUAAUCAGUAAGUAUUUUAACAUCAAUAUUUCUCCCAAUCAGAUUCUGCAACUAGUUAGAAAAUCAAAAGUCUUUGUAAAAGUUUUUUCACGAAAUUCAAAACAAUUUAUUGACAUCUGCAACAUGCUCUUUGAAUACCAACCAACAACAUCUGCUGUGACUCAAACAUCACAGUUAAUCACAACCUCUAAUCACAUUGCUACGUGUUCUUCAUUUUUUUCUCAGCAAAUCACUGUUUCGUCUCUAUCAAAUAGUGACUCUUCUCAAGAAUCAAUAUCCAGGUUGAGAGCUGACCAGGUUAGUCCCAGGAAAAAGAUUAUGAGAAAGAGAUUAACCAUUUUGGAAAACGAAAUCGCAGUUAAAAAGAAAAAACAUAAAGAAGAUCUUAAAGGUUUAAGAGAAAAGGCAAAGGCUAGACCAUACAGAUUAAAAUAUCUAAAUCAAGUUAUUGCACGUAAGGAAAAGAUAAUUCAUCAACUUAGAAAAAAAUUAAAAGAAAAUUUUUUAAAUAUACAGUUAAAAAAACUUCAAAAUCAAAUUUUUUAUUUAAAACAACAGUUAACAUUCACCGAAACCAAGUUUUUUAAUCAAAAGACAAUGUUAUCCCAACAACUUGCUGACAAAAAUUCUGCAAUUCUUGUACUUCAAAAUGACAUACUGGUUUUACAGGAAAAGUUAGAAGAUAUUCAGCAAGUAACACAAAACACCAAAAAUGAAAAAUGCUACUCAGCAGAUAUCAGAACACUUAUAUAUGACAUGCUUGUGUGCCAAGUUCCUACACAUAGUGUGCCAUCUCUGCUCCAUAAAAUUGGAGAACAUACUGGCUAUCAAUUUAGUCAAAUUCCACAUCGGACAACUGUAGAACAAAUGAUGCGUGAGCUUGGUGUUCUUUCAGACUUACAGACUGCUGAGAUAGCAUUUACAACGAAAGAUCUGACACUUGGUUUUGAUGCAACAACCCAGGAGGGUGUUCAUGUAAAUGCUGUGCACUUAACAACCGAAUCAGUAUGUAUGGUUGUAGCUAUUGAUCAACUUCCUGGAGGUACAGCUUAUGACUAUCAGAGUCAUAUUACAAAAUCUGUUGAUAAUCUUGCUAAGUUAUAUAGUGACUUCUAUAAGCUUAAAUACACUGACGUAAGAAGCACUAUUAUCGGGAACAUAACAAAUACCAUAAGUGAUAGAGUUGCAACAAACCAUGCAACAGUCUCAAAGUUAAACCUAGUUUGGCAGAAAUCAUUAAAUGAACUUAACUGUCACCUUCACCCCUUGGAUACAAUGACAAGCUCUUGCAAGUCUUCACUUAAAGCAUUAGAGACUUCAAAAGGGAAACUUUUUGGAAGAGACUGCAUAGCAGCAAACAUUGUUGUACAGCUGAACAAACUUCGUUACAAGGAUGCUAAAGGCGAUCCAAAGGGUUUUGUAACCUUUUUGGACCAACAUGAGUUGCCCAGAGGAUUGCUACCACGCUAUAGAGGGAACAGACUACAUAUGCUUUUUCACACAUGUGGUAUUUUGAUCCAUCAUUAUGCCAUAUUGAAGAUAUUUCUGUGUUCUGGCUUGGCGUUAUGUGGAGGUCUGCGAAAUAGUUUGUUUUAAGACUUUACAUCUGAAAUAGGUAUCCGUGAGUUGUGUGUUUUAGCUUUAAUUGGAAAGCUACUUUCUGGCCCUUGGAUGACAAAAUUUUAUAUUGCACCAGGUACAGGACUUGACUACAUAUCUGGCAUUCAGGUAGUAAAAGAUGUUAGGAACACUCUUAUUGAGAGCAGCAAGAAUCCCUUAUCUCUACUUAAACGAAAAACUGAUUUCUUUGGUAAUGAUAUUAAAGAUGUUGUUUUUGAUUCAAUAAUCAGCUUUUGCCCAGUAACUAAUGAAAUGAGUAAAGCAUUAGGUGACUGUCUUAAUGCUGUUAUUAGCGUCAUUGACAGGCAGUACAAGCGUCAGUUCGAAAUGAGUUCCAAUGAUCUUCUUAAAGACCAGACUAAGUCAGCUAGGCUUCACAACAUUGAUUCAGAAGAACUUAUGGGUAUGUUUAGCGCUGCAAAGCACAAAGCUCCUAAUGCUACUCUUUGUUUUCUUUCUUCGAAACUUCGUGCUUGCAAAAAUAAAACAACUGCUCUGCUUUGUAAAAAGCCAACUGAUAUUCAAAACAAGUUGAUAUUAUGGGCUAUCUCUAAUGCCAGGAAAAAUCGAUUUACAAGUAUGCAAUGUCAUAAUGAACUGAAGUUAGAACUGCUAAAACGAAUGGCAGAUAAAAUUCAGAAAAGGGAGGACAAAGACCGCAGAAAGGUAGAAAAAAUAUUAAAAAGUUGCAUGCCCGAUCAGGUAAAAGAAAUGUUUCCUGACCUAGAAAAUAACGAGGCCUCAGAUAUUGAAGAAAUUCUUAUUGGAGCUGCUAUUGGAAGAAGUAUUUGCCACAUGUGGUUUGAUAAUGCCAAUAACACCCAUGAGGUAUAUUACGGCAGAAUUGUUAGCAUUAAAAAGAAGAACAAUGAUAUAUAUAUAGUUUCUUAUUGGAAACCAAAUGAAAAUGAAGAUGAUGACGGUGUUGAGUAUGAUAUGAGCAAAUAUCAACUUUCUGCAGACAUAAUAAGCGGUGAUAUGGUGAUAACAUAACAGAAUUGUGUAAUAAUAAGGUAGUCGGGUAGUUACCGACAUCCAACAACCAGGGUUGACCUGGUUGCAACGUGCUAUGGGAAACCAAAGCUCAUUUACUUUUUGACAUAAGCAAAUUGCUUGGCUUAUGACAAUUAAUGUUUAUCAUUGAUGUUUAUCAUUAUCAAUGAUGGCAAUGCAUUUUUCUAUCAAGUAUAACAGAGUUUCGCUUGCGUGGAUUGAGAGAUGUUAAACAGUAUUGAAGGGUCUGCUAUCGAUUUUUUUGUUUGGUAAUGGGAAGUUUGUUGUGUAUCAGGAGUUAAGUGAUUUUGAAUUUUUUAACUUAAUAAAUCAUUCUUAUAUUUAGUAAUCUCUAAUGGGUUUUUUAGUUAUGGUGCUAAAUAUCUAAUGCAUUUUCAUUUAUUUUUUAUUGCAAGGUUUUAACAAUAAUGGCAAUUUGCUACUGUGGAUAUUUAUGUUAAAGACCUCAAGAUUAUAUUUAUUAAUUCAGUUAAACAACAUGAUGAAAACUACAUGGUUGCUUCAGUGAAUGUUGAUCUUUUUCAUAUCAAGAUUAAAUCGAUAUCAUUGGAUGUGGUUUCCUUUGCGUACUAAAGAAUCGACUCUUUCUAUCUAUGGAUGUCACAGUUUUGUUUGCUUCAAAAUCUAGGCUUUUUUCAAAGCCACAAUUCUGUUAAAAACAUUACUGAGCAAAAAAAAAAUUUUUUUGUUAAA